CGAAUUAGUUUUUCAAGUGAACAUUUCGGGAAAGGCGAUGUCUCGACUCGUUAAGAAAUCACCAGCGCUUUGCACGGAUCUACCACUGGAAAGUAGUGACAUUUUGAACAAGCUUCAUGUUAUGGGUCAGCUUCUCAGAUCUUGUUUUGGUCCAUCGGGUAGACUGAAACAAAUCCACAACAACAUCGGAGGGCAAGUUGUGACCACCUCAACGUCAUCGGUGCUACUUCCAGCCAUUUAUUCAUCGACAGCGUUUCUAAAUCUAAUUUUAGCCUCCAUUCGCAGUCACAUUUCUCGUUUUAGUGACUGCGGGUUGUUUGCAGCAAUUCUUUGUGUGACUCUUAUUGAACAAGUCAAGCAGUCUGGUCUAAGAGGAAACGAGGCCAUCAGGAUAAAUAGACAUCUGUUGGGUCUGUGCACUAAUUAUCUUCACCAAGAGGAAUGUGGAUGUAAAGUGAAGCUCGACUUUUGCAGUAGCCAAAACUUAAUUACGUUGGCUGGCAGUAUUGUCCGCAGCAAACCCGGCAGUUUGCUAACGGAGUACGAAGCGCUUCACAUCAGCAAGAUGGCAGUGCAAGCCUUUUUACUGACUGUGCCGUCUAACAACACUGGUGUAGUAACCCUGGGCAUGGCAGUAAUUGUGUCUAUUGAGGGUCUUCCUGUAAGGGAAUCGGCAGUAUUUCCAGGAUUAUUAGUAGACAUUCCUGAUGGUUUUGAGGACUCUGAGGUGAGGAAUAACUCCUCUAAUCCCCUGCGGGUGCUAUUGUUCAGUACAUCCCUUGCUGGUGAUCUUUCUGAAAUAGGAGAUGGACCGAUUGAGGUCCACUAUGGCGGUGACAUGGACUCUCAGAUCCUGGAUCACCUCCUCGAGAUUGGCAAACAGGCACUGAAAGAUGAUGUGAAGCUAUGUGUUUGCCAGAAGGUCAUCCAUCCAGUUCUACAGCAAUACUUGAGGAGUCACGGGAUCAUAGUUGUGGAGAGAGUUGGCAUCAAUCUCAUGCAGCCGCUUGCUCAGCUCACAGGGGCCCAACCUGUGGCAACAUUACACUGUACAAUCCCUCUCAGGGCCUAUGGAAAGGUGGGGAAUGUCAAUUCUAGACAUUUUGGGUCCAAGACUAUGCUGCAUUUAUAUCCUGCGGAGGAGUCUGUGAUUUGCACCGCAGUCCUCUGCCACAGGAAUGAGACAAUGUUAAAUGAAUUGAAGGUGGCAUACCAGAAGACCGAACACGUGUUACGACUUACCCUGAGAGAACCGUUCGCUUUACUUGGAGGCGGCUGCACUGAGACCCACUUAGCUGCUUACAUCAGAUACCAAUGUGACGCCACUGGAAGUACAUCGGUGUUAGGCUGCUCACAAACAGAGUACCUGCUUGGCGUGGAGGCUUUCUGUAAUUCGCUUGAGUCAGUGGCUGCAGCACUACAGCAUGACAGUGGGGAUUCUCUCAUUGACCUGACUUGCGCCCACCACUGGACUCUUCCAAAAGAUGUGAUACAAGAGGACAUGGAGGCUUCUGUGAGCAGGUGUGGCUGUGGACUGAUGGAGAGUAGAAGAAAGAAGUGGUGUCACUUGAAAACUAAAUAUCCAGUGUUCUCACCUGCAUCCCUGUCUAAAGAUAUUACUGUGCAUGCGUGUGUGCUUGACUCCUUCACAGCAAAACUCAAUGCUUUACAAGUUGCCAUAGAAACUGUUAAUGUUAUCCUCGAUAUACGAUAUAUAAUACAAGAUAUAAAGUAACUCAAAAUUUUCAGAGUGGUCUGUGACAAGCAAGAAAAGGGGUACCCUGCCUCUCGCCCAGAAUCAGUUUGGAGAGGCUCCAGCACACCCGCUACCCCCGUGAGGAUAAGCGGUACGGAAAAUGGAUGGAUGGAUUCCGUCCAUCCAUGGUAUGUCCUGCUCAGGGUUGCAGGGAGCUUGAGGUGACCUGGGUGAAAGGCAGACUCCACCGUGGACUAGUCACCAGUCAAUCACAGGGCACAUAUUGAGAUUCAAACUAACAGUCACACGAUCAGUGAGUGGCAAUUGAACCCAUGCUGCAGGCAAUGAGUGAACCACUACAGAGUGACAAACUCAUUGUCGCUCAAGGGCAACAUACAGC